AGCGUCUGGCAGAGCUCGAUGCUGGGCGUCAAGGACGGCACUGGCUGUUGGCACACUGCACGCCGUCCCCGAUGAUGGACGUGGCGUUCGCCGCCACGACUAUGGACACCUACGAAGACAUGUUCAAGGAGAUAACCCGCAAGCUGUACGGCGAGGAGGCGGACGUGGAGACGGGCGGCAACGGCAACGGGAGCGGGGGCGGCGGAGGCGGGGGCGGGGUCGGCGCUGGAGGGGGCGAGAGCGUGGGCGUGGGCGCCGUGCUGCGCAGCAUCGUGGCCGACUACGAGGAGCAGGAGGCGCACCACGGCCACGGCCACGGCAGCGCCCUCGCCGCCUUCGGGCUCGCCGCGCUCAUGCACCAGCAGCAGCAGCAGCACCACAGCCACCACCACCACCAGCAGCACCAGGCGCUGCAGGGGCCGGCCGACCGCUGGCUGCCCAGCGACGAGCCGCCGCCGGCGUGGGCAGGCGGCUCGCGCGUCGCCACCUACAACCCGGCGCAGAAGCUGUUCCGCUGCGCCGACUGCGGCUGCGUCGGCUUCCUGGCGCGCGUCGCCGAGCACUGGCUCGGCUCGCACGCCAACCUGCGCGUCUUCCACUGCCCGCAGUGUCCGUACUCGAGCGCGUGGGCGCGCUGCGUGCGCACGCACCUCACGCGCCAGCACGCCGUGGCGCCGGCCGACGCCGACGCCGCGCUCUUCGCCAACAACCCGGUGCUCGAGGAGGUGUCAAAGUUCCUGCACAGGCUCAAGGCGCGCGCCGAGGCGGCCGCCGCCGCGGCCGUCGCGGGGCUGGUACGGCCGCCGCCGCCGCCCCCGCUGCUGGUGCCGCAGGCGUGUCCUCCGCCGCCGCCCAGCGGACACCCUCCGCCCCCGCCGCCUCCGUCGCACCACCCUCCCGCACCGUCACUGCCACCACCGCCGCCUCCGCCGCCUGCGCCGUCGGCAUCCCAACAGCAACAGCAACAAGACUCUGGCGGCGUCAAGCGGUACUGCUGCGGCUACUGCCCGUAUUCGACGGACCGGCGCGACCUGUUCACGCGCCACGAGAACAUCCACCGCGAGGAGAAGCCGUUUCAGUGCUACGUGUGCCAGAAGCAGUUCAACCGCGCGGACCACGUGAAGAAGCACUUUCUGCGCAUGCACCGCGACUACCCGUACGACCUGAACCGCGUGCGCCGCCAGCCGGACAAGAGCCCGCCGGCGCCGUCGCCGGGCCCCGCCGCGCCGGCCGUGCCCACGCCGGGGGCGACGCCGGGCCUGCCGCACCACUACUUCGCCGCCGACCGGCCGGGCGCGCGGCCGCUGUCGGUGCCGCCGCCCACUGCCGCCCACCCGCCGCUGCACGCGCUCGACGUGCCCGCCGGCUUCCCCCCGCCGGUGCUGCGGCCGCCGACGUAUCCCCCGCCGCCUCCCGACUGCGGCGGCAAGCGCGCCGGCUGCACCGCCAAGUCGCACGCUAGCAAGAACAAGAAAAAGGCGGACAAGCGCUACUCGUGCUGCUACUGCUCGUGGUCCGGCGUCGACAACUGGUGCCUGAAGCGACACCUCAACACGCACCUGAAGCCGUUCGUGUGCGCGCUGUGCGAUUACAAGGCUGCGCGCGCCGAGCGGUUGGCGACGCACGUGCUCAAGGUGCACAACAAGCGCGCCUGCGGCAAGUGCUCCUUCCUCGCCGACGACCAGGCGCAGCUGGCCAUCCACAGGCAGGAGCACCACCAUCCGUGGGAACAUGGGAACGGUUUUACUUCCGACACCUUAUCCCCAAGCCAUCCACAUUCGAUAGCGAGUGCUUCCGGGCACCAGGGCGCUGCCCCGAGCAACCACUUUGGCCUGCUAAAGCGCGAGCAGCAGUAUGAGCUGGGUCUGCCGCUCCACGCCUUCGGCGCGCCGCGGGCCGCGCCCAAACAGCAGCACUUCGGUGCGGCGCGCCUCUUCCACUACAUGGAAGCGUCCGACACCUCCGACCAGGACGACGAGCAGGAGCCGGUAAGCUGCUCUGCCCAGCGGCCUCCGCCGCCCGUCGGCUGCCGGCAGUGCGGCUGCGAGUUCGCCGACGUCAACUCUCUGCAGACGCACCAGCUCGUCCACCACACGGCCAAGAGCGGCGCGCCCGAGGCAGCCACUGACACUGCCACCGCGAAGAAGCCGUGCACCAAACCGCUGCCCUACCGCUGUAGCGUGUGCGAGUGCAGCCUCGCUUCACAGGCACUGAUGCUAGAGCACAUGCGUAUACACAACGGACGCCUGCUCGCGUGCAAGGAGCGCGGAUGUGCCUUCGUCACCCCGCUCGGAGAGUCUGCACUCAGGGACCACUCCAAAAUGCACUCUCCUUCCGUCGGCAAUACUCCUCUUUGCUGCCCCCACUGCCAACACCCUCUGGACUCUGUCGAAUCCCUACAGCGGCACAGGCCGCUUCACCACUUACCUGAAACCCCCUGCGAUCUCUGUGACAGUGUUUCCCAAAAGUUUCGCCACUGCCCACCACUCUCUGCCACUGCCUGCUGUGGAUCUGGCUGUGUAGACAUGAAAACUGGAACUUCCCUCGAAUGUUCGUUUCCAAAAACUGACCAAGCUACAGCUGGCACGAAACGUUCUCGGAAGCAGAGGCAGCCCAGACGAGUUGUAGCGAGAGGAGAAGACGCGUCGGAAAUUCGCGUCCUGAAACACUCGGCGUCUCCGAAGCCGCGGUCUGCCAAGUGGAGAACUCUCGGCGCCAGUCGUACCUUGUGUCAACUCCGAGAGAAGUAUAUGAGCGGACUCCUCUCCCGCAAGAGGAUAAGGUGCAGCUGGUGUCCGCAACAGGCGCCACUGUUCCCCUACCACACGCCGGCCACACUGGCUCUGCACAAUUCGUGGCGCCAUAGCAUUCGCAAGUUUGAAUGCGAGCACUGUAGUGAAACCUUCCGCCACCGCUACCAAGUGAUCAUACAUUCCAGCAGGGAACACGCCGCAGUAAGCAGCACCAGUCGCGGAAACGGACCGGAAGGGAAACCGGUGGACGACGUUUCACAGCAGUCUGGACCAGAAAGUGGAUGUCAAGGUGGAAAGGAGCGAAUGACUGUAAACACUCCCGCUUGCCCUCUGGCGGAACCCACAUUUCCUAGCAUGAAUGUACCUGAUUCUCUGAGUGAAAAUGUGCCAAUGACAACGAAAGAACUCUGCAAUGGAGAUAACCUACGCAGUGUCCAAAGUUAUACAAAAAACUCCAUUUUAAAUAUUCCACUGCCGCCACCCAUUAUGGCAACGUCGUCUUCGGUAUUGUGACCGUAUUACUUCUCUUACUAGGUUACAUCUUUUCACUCAAGGGUUAAAGUGCAAUAAACGUGUUUUCCACGUCCUAUUUUUCGUUAUGUGUGAAUGAAAUGAAGUGUGUCACAGCAAUGUAACUGUGAUAAAUACAAUGAUACCUUUAACUUUAUAGUUAAUUAAGACUAUAUAUAUAAUAAAUUUUUACUUCUAAUACAGUUAAAAGAGAACAUUUAGUAAAAAAAAUUGCAACUAAUAACUGAACAUCUCCAUUUUAUUGUAACUUUGUCAUAAAUUUCUCACUGUUGCUUAAAUAAGUUUUUUUAUUAUUUUAGUUCUCUGAAGUGUAUUGUUUCAGAAUGAUGAGCAUGACAGUUCUGUAGUGUAAAUGAUAUGAAUACAGUUUCACACUGAAACAUCUUUUAGCGGGAAUGUUCAAGGCUUAGUUUUCACACAGCUCCUGGAAAUAAAGAAUUCUUUUGAACCACAGCUUUGGUAGUCACUAAACUUAGUGAAACUUUCUGAACUCGGCUAAUAGUGAAACCUGUAAAUGAAAUGCACUUGAAGUAUGAAAGCAUCAAGCUAAAACAAUACAUUGCACCAAUAAUAGUAAAAAUGAAAGUGAUCAGCUAAACACUGCCUCACACUGCCUAGAUAAAUAUAGGAAUUGUGAUAAAUUUAUUUAUUAUCAUAGGCUAUGUAAAAAACUCCUAACCCAUGCAGUACUUUGUAACAAAAUAGAAAUAAAAAUAAUUUUCAUAACGCCUUAUGUUCAAUAUUAAGUUUGUAACAACAUGACUCAGCACUAGAAUCAAAUCUGGUGAAUUUUCCUCGUCAUCUAUACUAUGUUUCACUGUUUCAAUGUCCAAAUGUAAAUUUGUAAUUAGAGAAAUAUCACUGUCUGAUAAAGUACACAAAAAUGUGAACUAUAUGAUAAUGCACAAUCAUAUGUUUUUGAUGUGUUUAAUUUCUUCAUCUCAUUGCAUCUUUUCUCUUCCUUUGUCUCAUUAUGUUGCGUGUCAGCUUCAUUAUGUUACUCUGUUGGUUUUUAAUUUUCUGUUAUAAGUGAAACAAAAGCAGUUUCUCACUGGGAGAUACUUAAAUAGCAAUAAGUAGGUAGUUUAAUAAUCACUUGAAGAAACUAGAAAAGUGUAGUUUUCAUUAGAAUGAAUUGAAUCACUUACACUCAGUUGCGGUUAAAGUGGUAUUGCACUAUACAGGAGUUCCAUGUAAAAUUUAAUGGCCAUUAGCAGACAUCUAGAAAUGUCACCCGUUAAGAAGGUGAAUAGAUGAUGUCACUCAUAAUUUUAGAUAUAAUUUAAAAUUUGUUAAAAAUCUAAACAUUAUUUCUGUAAAUGCUACAAUAUUGAUUUAUCUCCAGAUCACUAAUAACUAUGCAACAGUAAUUGCAAUAUUCAUUAGCAAACUCACUUUGCACAGAUCUGGACAAAUUAGGGCAUUGAUGUUUUCAUCAUUUUUUAAAAGUCAGUGAUAACAAAAAUUAUAGGGACAGAGACAAUAACAUCAGCAACUAAGUUAAACUUAGAGAACACUAGCAGUUUGUGCCUAUAUUGCAAAUAAAGCUGGUUAUGAAAAAUAAAUUAAAAAUAGUUUUCUGCAUUUUAAAGAAUGCAUUACUUGAUAUUGCAAUAUUUUACAGUAUCUACAUUCGUUCCAAGGUUUGGCUACCAGUGAAAUUGUUGUAACACUAUGUAGUUUAAUCUGUAUUAAAUUAAAAGUGUUUUCCUUGUGUGGUAUAAUUUGAGGGCUAUGAAAUCUAAUAGGUUUUAGUUCAGGAAGACCCUAUUUUUGUAUUUCUUAUUUACAUGGUAUCUGGAAACUGAAUACUUAAAACCAAAUGAAACUACUAGAACCUACUGAUCAUUCUCCCUCAAAAGUAUGCAGUUAGUGGGAUAUGUAGAGCUAAUUUAAUUAUGUUUACUGCAGCAGUUGCUGUAAAUGUUGUGAUUAUGGAUGGACUUCUUGUAAACCUGCCAUAACAAGUUCUGCUAUGCCUCACUGCUAACAACAUAUGUAUAAUCCAAACAGUAUGUCCUCAUCACAUGCUACUUGUAAUUCUCAAACAAAUGUGUGUAUAUUAUGUAAACUAUCACACUCACUAAUACCAAAUGUGUCACUGGAGUUCAGUUUUUUUUCUAAAUACACUGCUAGCUUAUUGAUGAUAUUAGUACUGCACAUAGUUCAAUAUUCUGAUAAAUUGUGGCAAGGAAGAACAACAGGAAACUUAUGUUAAAUAAUAAAUGAUCUGCAUAUCACCCUGUCUUUCAUAUUUGUUCGUUAAAAUUGUACUUUUGAUAGUACAUGUGCAGCCAUUUUUUAAAAUCUCAUCUAUUUCAGAACCUAUGAUUCUAACAUGAUAGAGAAAGAAAUGGAGAUAUCUUUUACUUAAACUGCUCACAACUUCUAUGUGCUAAUUGUGCAUCUGCAAGUAAUGUAACCAAAAAUUGUUUUGUUUGAACUAUUUUUAGGUAGUGGAGUACCAUAAUAGAGAAACAAUACCUUUGGUUUAUCAUGUUUUACUUUCUGGAUUUAUAAAGAGUGUAAUUGCCAAACAACAAACUCUAGUGAUAGUGCAUGAUGAGAAAGUGAUUACCACCUGGGAAUGGAAAAGUUAUUGUAAUGCUUAAAAAUAUUCGACUAGUUUUUUAAAAAGCACCAAUCUUUAUUGAUAUAAUUUUUUCCUCUCUUGUAAAACGAUUUGCAUAUGAAAAAUGUUAUUUCAUUUCAAUUUUCCUCUACGUGUCAAAGAAAUGAAAUAUCACAUUUAUUUAUUUCUAGGAGAUAGUCAGUAAUAUCUCUUGUUUGAGUACAUGUUAUAUAGAUAUGAUGAGAUACAGCAAAAUGGAAUAAUUUAAAUUUUCGUCUUAAGGAGAGCACAAAAUUUAAGUAAUGUGUUAAAAAAAGAAGAAAAUCAAAAGGAUUACUCUCUGUGCUAAGGUAGAAAAGCCCUAUAUCUUACAGUUGCUAUAGGUUGUUAUCUGUCAUUUUCUGUGUUUUUAGCCUCUCAAUGUAAUACUCUUCCUAUAUAACAAUCAGAGCUGUUUGCAUCUGAUAUAAGUGAUGGUACAAUAUCUGACACAAAGUAUUUCAUUUACAUAUAUCACAAUGGCCAGUAAUUUUUCACUGUAAAUUCAAUAACUCAUUUCUGUAGGGGAAUUUUUAAUUCUAAAUUCAUUUUUUUCUAAAAAAUGAGAGGAAAUAGUAACAGUAAUGAGACAAAGGGCAGUUGCAAAGAAUACAUGAUGUUUUUCUGCUUUGGUGAAUCACAAAAUAUUUAAAUGUUAUACUUUAUAUAAUUUUUAUAAUAAUUCAUGUAUCUAACCUGUCUACAAUAUUGCCUCUUGACAAAUGAACUGUCAGAAAUAAUAAGUCAUGUAUUUGAAAAGUAUUCACUUUGCAAAAACUGAUCAUCACUACAAAAUCUUAUCAUAAUUUGACAUAUUUUUCAUAGUGUCUUCUUUGUACUAUUCAAACUGCAAUUUCUCUUUAGAAUAGGUAAUGUCAUCAAAAUUGAUAAUUGGGAUUUGCACUUGUAUGUAUAAUUUUCUGAUUUUAAGUUGUGUUAGGUGGAGUAGGUGCACAGGACUUAUUUACAAAUCCCAAGCAGGUUGUGCAUAAAUCAUACUAUAAUAGAAGCAAACCACACAGUUCAGUGUAUUCUAAAUACACCAUUAUGUUCCAUUUUUAUUAUGAAAGGUAUAUUGUUAAUUAUUUACACAAACUUACUUUGGAAACAUUAUGGAUUUCAUAAUGCAGUAUGGUGUCAGUUUGUUUUAUUGUGCUAAAAAUUAAUAAAGUAUGAAUAAAAUAGUUUCAAACUCUCAUAACUAUGUUAAUAAUAAUCCUAGCUAUAGAGGAAUUCAUUCUGAACUUAAUAUUGCCAGCAAACUAUAAUCAGUACUAUGAAACUUAUAAAAUUAAAGAAACUUGGAAGCUGAAAUCAUGAUUUAUAUCAGUUAGAGACAAUACUUGUCUGUUUCCUAGCAAUUACAAUGAUACAAGUGAUGUACUUUGUUAUUAUCAGUUUCUAGAUAAUGUAAUUUCAUUACUCCAUAUCCUCCAUAUAUUUUCUCUAAUAAUUUUCUCUCAUGUCACAAUUUGUGCAGCAAAUAAUGACUUAAUGAUACUCUUUAUUGCUUGACUGGUGUUCUUAUUUUACAGUCUGGUGGUAUUUUAUGCAUUUUUACGAUUUAUGCCUUGAAGUUAUAGAAAAUAUUUUGUACUUAUAAAGAGUAUGAUAAAAGUGAUAAAUAGUGCAAAUAUUUUCAUGUAAAAAAUUGUAAUUUGAUUCAGUGACCUUCUGAAAUUACAGAAUUUUUUUACUGAAAAACUGCCAUUAUUUUUACAAGAAUAUACCCUUGGAAAUUUCCUAAAAUAUAUAACUUUAAAUUCCUACUUAGAAGCUUUUUCUGGCAAUUAUAUUUCAAUUAUUUAAUCAUUUUCAACAUCAGUAACUUACUAGUACAUAUAAAAUCUCUUCGCAUUUUCUACUUAUCUCAGUUGGUACCCGACAUGUCUGGGGGUCUCACUGGCCAAAGGUAUGUGCCAUAUGUGGACGAACAUUGUCCUGCUGAAAGAUAUUGCCAUAGGAGAGGUAACACAUGAGGAGAAAGAUGUACAUGACAUACUGUCACUUGAUCAGAGUUCUGUUACUACCAGCCAUGACCUGAUAUCAUGCUUGAUGGCUGCCACACUAUAAUGGAGUUAAUGUAGAAUAUCUUGCAUUUAGUUGCAGCAUGUGAUAAAAAUUAUGCCUUGAACUGGUAUACCAAAUGUAUAAUACAAUCCCUGUCAGUACAAGUGUUGAAGAUAGGCAACUGAAGUACUAUUGAUAGGUGAUAGACAUCAGCCAGUAUUCAAGAAUGUAUAAAACUUGUUAAAAUUUGUACUUUUUCUGAUUUUUUAAUAAACAGGUUACAUCA